AUGUUUAAACAAUCCGCUCAGGUGCAUAGCGAUUGUCGAAUUCAUGACGCACAACAGAACAUUCCGAAACAUAUUCCAUUGUCAUUGAAACAAUUGAAAACAUAUUUCGUACUCAAACAAUUUAAACAAUGUAUUUCUUUUAUUCAGCAACAUUUUGGAAGUGAUUGGAACAGUAUUGCUUGUAAUACAUCAUUGUCUUUAUCUCAACAACAGAAUAUUUUCUCAAUAUUUAUUCAGUGUUAUUAUGAAACAAAAGAUUAUUCAGCAAUUCAUCGGCUUUUUGAAAAAUCAAGAAAUAAUAUCCCUUCUCCAUCUCUCAAACUUUAUGUUGAAUUAUGUUUAAAGUUGAAAUUGUUUGAUAAGGUUAACGAGAUACUCUUUGACGAUCACAAUCAACUCUCGGAACAAGAACGAAGAACUUUAGAAAAACAAUUACAUCAUGAUAGAUUAGAACAAGAAGCACGAAUGGAAACAGCUAAACAAUCAAAGGCUUAUUCAUCAUUACUUUCGUCCAUGUACAUCACAAAACCUUCACAUGAUGAGUAUGAAAGCAUGUACCCUUCUCACAACAAUUUUGAACAUUCUGAAUCACCACUGCAAAGUCAUGGAACUCAUGGUAAUAAUUUUCAAAUAGGUCACCAGGAGCACAAAGCAGAGCAACAAAAACCUUCAAAUAAGAUCUCAUCUUUGACCUCACUCACUAGAUACAUUCUGGACUUCAUUAGAAAUUACAAAGUUGAAUUGGCUUUACACGUCGUCUCGUUCGUUUUGUUGUAUACUCUUCUGAAAUAA